CACCGUCUCACUGGCAGCCUACCUCCCCGAUUACCCAGCCGGCCCACCUCCCAUUGCUGCUACUGUUUCAGCCAUGUGCCUUUGCCUGGCUCUCCCUGCUUUGCUUUCUCCCAGGUGUGCGAUGAGGCAGGGACGGACUUUGCUGUGGAGGGGGAGGGAGGGCGAGCAGGAAGCAGUUAAGGAGGGGAGGCUCUUAUUUUGACAGCGGGCAGCCUAAGCGGCUGGAGGAUCCUGUGUCUUCCCUGUACCCAGGGUAAAGGAACGGGGGAAUAAAGCUGGUGUGAGGGCUCGGGAUAGAUUAAUAUCUGCCCUUGCCGGCCAUUACCCGCAGCAGCAGUAGCCGAGACAGGAUCAGUGCAGCAGGCUGUUUACAUGCCCCCAGCCGUCCGUAUUCCAGAGAAGGGGGCAGGAUGAGAGGGGACACCAGGCUCGCCUCAGUGGCGAAUGUUUUCGCUUCUAUGUCCCCAUCUUCCAGGCUCUGAGCGUGGGAGUCUUGCGACACUAUACAGCAGGCUGGAGACGGCGAGAUAUGGGAGGCCGAGAAGUGUGAGGAAGGUUCUUUGAUACCUUCCCCGUCACUGUAUCUUGCUACGCUCGAUCCGAUGCACCCGGAAAGCAAACUGGCUAAUCAUGGAAAUGUUUCCAGCAGUGGUGGAAAGUCACAGACUCCUAAUGUGAACCAGGGGACCAAAGGGGCUGGGCUUCUGAGCCCCAAAGCCAAUCAUACAUCACCGAGUGGAGUAGGGCUGAUAAGUGGACAGAGUCAGGGGUCCAACCUGGCUAAAGGGCAAAGAGAAUCAGCUGGAGAUGUGGAUGAGCAAGGAGAAACUGGGCCUCCCCCUCUGGAACAAGACCCCAAAGUAGAGUUGCCUUCCCGUCGUAAGCGUCGCUGUGUCCUGGAGCGAAAGCAGCCAUAUAGUGGAGAUGAGUGGUGUUCAGGAGCAGACAGCGAGGAAGAUGAAAAGACCCUUGUGGUCACCCACAACUGUAAUGCAGGUGAAUCUGUGAUGUCUACACCAACAUUACCAGGCACAGGAUCUGCUUCUCUUCCUGGGAUCAAUGAUACCAGUUCUUCUAGCACACCCCAUGGAGUUGUCCCCAGUCUGCGUGGGGAUGGUGGAGGGUCUUUAGGUCCAUCCAAAACCCCAUCAAAAUUUGUUUAUGUCUUCACAACAUUCUUGGCAAACAAAGCAGCAGAAGCUGUUUUACAAGGACAUAACGACUCUAUUCUCAUCUACCACAAGCAAAAUGUGCCCCAUAGAAAACUGGAUGAGGUUUCUCCCCAAAAACCUUCAAGUGCCCAAGAAGCUGGAGAAGUACUUCCUGUACCAAGCAUCCCCACUUCUGCAGUACAAAAACCAGCAGAAAACCAUUCACCUGCACCUAGUCAAGCUCCUCCAACAAUAGUAUCGCAGGAAAUAGGUAGUGAUGAAGCAAACCAUGAGUUAACUCCACUCGGUAAUGGCAGUAGUCAUCCUGCCAGUGGACGCUCUAAUCCACCACCACUCCUGUCUCAACUACCCAGCGCUCCCUUACGUGGGGAUAAUACACAUUUGGGUGAUCAUAACCAGGGAGAUAGUGUGACAUUAAGCACAGAUGGUCUCUCUAAAGAGCAACUUGAGCAUAGGGAACGUUCUCUUCAGACACUUAGAGAUAUUGAAAGGUUUCUUUUCCGAAGUGGUGCAGCCAAUGAAUCCUUCUCAAAGCACAACUUAAGCUCUAGUGAGGGACCUACCAACACUCCAAGUCAUAUUAAGAAAUACGAAGAACCUUUACAAUCCAUGAUAACACAGACACAAAGCUUGGGGGGUCCAGGAAUGGAGCAGGAUCUAGCAGGCAACCAAAAUGGUCCUGAUAUGGGGCACCAGAUGAGCCUGAUGAUGCAGAGGAUGGGUCAUGACAGCCUCACUCCAGAGCAAGCUGCAUGGAGGAAACUGCAGGAAGAAUAUUAUGUAGAGAAAAGGAGAAAAGAGGAACAUGUUUCUAUACAUGGGAGAUCAGGGCCUGAAAUGAUUCUUCGGGGCCCUCCCCCACCUUAUCACAGCAAACCUGGAGAACAGUGGCCUGGUAAUCGGUUACAAGUACCCAUGGACAUCCAAGAAUCAAUGCAGCUUCGGAGUGGAAUUCCAUUUCAAGGGCCACGUUUCCCAGGCAGAUAUGGACCCAUGCAAAAUAUUCCUAUGGAUUCAGUGGGAGUCAUGUCAAGACCUGCUCGUUGGAGUGAGGAUAUGCCACCCAUUGAUGGAGGGCAAAGUAACUUUGCACAAAUUAGAAUGCCAUACUCUGGAGGUAUUCAAGGGGAAAUGGAAAGGUUCCUUAACCCUCGUGCCCGUGAGGAACUUCUGCGACAACAGUUGAUGAUAGAGAAGCGUCCAGGCGUUAUGCAAAGGCAACUAUCCAUGCCUUGUGGGCAGGGAAUUGAGAUGAUGAUAACCCAUAGGCAAGGUGACCCUUCUAUGUUCCCCGGAGAAUCAAUGGGAGCAGGUUCUGCUGUGGGCAUGGAAUUUGGGGCAUCUCGAGGAAUGCUGAGUCCUACCCUUGGUCAGUCGGGUACAGGUAGGGAAAUUGACCCUACAAUGGGAGGUGGAGGAAAUCUAAAUAUGAAUAUGAGUUUGAACAUGAAUAUGAACCUUAACCUCCAAAUGGCACCACAACAGCAAAUGCUUUUGUCACACAAAAUAAGGGGAGUGGGAGACUUAAACUCCCAGGGAGAUGUUGGAUCAGAGGAUUUAGUGAGGGCAGCACGAGCACAAAAUGGAAGUGGCAUGGUUAGGGGACCCCAGAAGAUGCUUCCUGGUCAAUUUCCUCAGGGACAGGCAGGGUUUCCCCCAGGGCAAGGUUCAUACCCUGGCAUGCAGCAGGAGAUCAGUAUGGACAUAUUUGGACCAGAGCAAGGUCCAGUGGUGGGCACUACAAGGCUUAGCCACAUGCCAGUUUCCUCCACACCUGGCACCAUGCCAUCAGGUAUUGGGCUAGAUCACAUAGCUACCAGCAGGAACUUGACCCGUAGAGAGCUCACAGUUAAUGCAAACCAGAUGGAAUCUCCUGUUCUUAGCCACAUUAAAUCCCCACACCAAGGGCAGGUUCACUCUCCCCUUAUUUGUUCCCCUUCCUCCAACCUAAAGUCUCCCCUGACUCCAGGAAAUCAGAUGGGUGGCUUGCCUCUGCCCAACCCUCUAGACUCUCUCAAGUCAUCCCAGGUGUUGAUCUCAUCAAUCGGUGCACGCUCGCCUAAUGCCUCUCCUGGAAGGCUAAAGUCACCCCAGAGGAAUGCUCCCUCUCCAGGGUGGGCUCCAUCACCAAAAGCCACCAUAUCCAGCCCAGGUGUACCACCGAGCAAUCAGGGAAUGGGCCUCAAUGCUACAGCUUCGCUUGGUGUGAUGGGUCGAGAUGAACUUCCUUCUCAAAAUCCUUUGUCCUUGAUGAUGUCCCAGAUGUCCAAAUAUGCUAUGCCUAGCUCUACUCCACUAUAUCACAAUGCCAUCAAAACCAUUGCCACCUCAGAUGACGAGCUUCUCCCUGAUCGUGUACUCCUACCACCAGGAAGUCAACAGGGCUCUUCAAUGAAUCCUCCUAUGUCUUUGCACUUAAACUUAAAUUCCUCACAAAGCCCUAUAGGGAACAUAAAUGUCCCAGGACAGUCCACUCUCUCACAUGAGCCACCAUCAUCUCUUCUCACUGGCUCUGGGCCUCCAAUGCACCCAUCAAUUGGAUCCACCAUGCAAAAUCCUUUAUUGAUUUCCUCAGUAACACAAGAUUCUUGUUGCCCUGGUCCUGGCACACAAAUAAUGUCCUCCAACCAGCUGGUCUUCCCAUCACGCUUGCAGCCUGGACACCAAGGAGGGGUUGGUAGCUCCAUGCAGCAGCAUUACACAGAUGACACAACUUCCCAGCCAUGUUUACCCCACAGAAUGUCAGACCCUUAUGGCCGUCUCCUGCCUUCAAUGCUUACUGACCCAGAGUUGGGAGAUGUAAUUCGGCCAUCAGCCACUGGCAUCCCAGAAUUUGACUUGUCAAGGAUCAUGCCAUCAGAGAAACCCAGCAGCACUUUGCAGUACUUUCCUAAGGGAGGUACUCAGACACCAAAACCACACCCAACCAACAUGCACCUUCUGGGACUUCAGAAUAUGAUGAUUGAACAACACCCAGGCCGUUCAGGACCCAGUCUUCCAGGCCCACAAAGAUCACUUGGAAUGCCCCCACUUCCUACCAUGGGCAGGACAGGGAUGUUCCCUCCACCACAGAUGGUGCAACAGAACUUUAUGAUGAUGAAACAGAGGAGUGUAUCAGGGGAAAUGUACCCACAGGGUGCUCCAAUGUUAUCUCCCCAAGGCCCUCUGGGUGGGCACUUGCCUGGACAGCAGAGCAUGUUGGUUGGACACCAAAUGAGACCGCGCAGUGUGUCCUUGGAUACUUAUAUCACAGGGCCAGGGCAUCUACAAUUCUAACAGCAGAGACUUGCCAGCACCAACUCCCUAUGGUAAUUCUUCAGUGCCAACUUCCCUUGCCAGCUUCUUUCCCAAGUGCCAAUUUGUUAUUUUUCUUCAUCUUUCUUGCUAAUAUUUAUUUUCUACCACAUGCUUCUGUAUUAACAGAUAUACAUUAUUUCACAUUUUCCUACCCUUUCCCUUUCUACACUGUGGCUGGAUAAUUAAUGAACUUUCCAAUUGUGGUUAUCAUAAAAUAGCAAAUUUAUGUUGCUUUUGUCAACACAUAGUGACAAUGAAGUUUCAGAACAUUUCCCAACUGCCUUUUCUUAUUAUUUCAUCUGUGACUUGUUUUGCUAAUAAGUUGCCCUUUUUUGCACCAUUACUCUAACCAUUUCAUUUUUUAUACUCUUAUCCACUAUCUUUGUCUGCUUUAGGACAGUGGCACAUGUGGCAUGUUGAUUAAGUGUUUUUUUUUUUCUCCUAAAAUGUUCUAAAUUUGUUUCAUAUUGCAAUUAAUGGGAAUUGCUGGCACAAGAAAGACAGGACUGUCUUUAGUGGUGGUGGGGUCAGUGGUUUAUUAGUGCAUGCCACACUUUAGGCUGCCCCCAUCAUUUACUGCUGAAUAGAUUCAUGUGCAUUGCAAAAACUCAAGCCAGAAGCAGUGGGAUAAUCCCUCUUAUGACCUUCAGCAAUUGUUGUACAACUCACAGCUCCACCAAGGGCCACUGACCGUAAUAAAGCAUCAUUGUUGCUCUAGAGGCUAUUAUCUUUGCAGCUGUGAGAACUGAUGUGCUGACUGCAUAGUCAAGAGUCAAGAGAGCAGUCACCCUUACUUCAGAUGAGUAAUUAUCCUAUAGAUGUAGACAGAUUGGGUUUGGGUUUGGGUGCCUUGCCUUAAAUCUACAGUCCUAGGGAGUGGAUUACACCAUAUUAAGCAUAAUUGAGUAUGCAUUCACAAAAUGCAAUGCUGAUGGUUCAAUUCAAAUCAAAAAUUGUAUCUUUCUUAAGGUUUACAUGUCCAUAAAAGCUGUGCGCGUUUUGUGCUUCAAGGCAUCAUAAUCACCCUUACUUCACAACCCCUAAAGACAACUCUGCUAUGAUCAGCUAUUGCCCAAAGACAAAAUAAUCAUCAUUUCCAUUAACUGUAAUAAGAAGUCUAUAUGAAAUUCAUGGUAUUUCCUACUUGUAUGUAACUUUGACCUUAUGGUUGUCCAUUCAGAUUUCUACCCAAUACUUUCCUUUUGCUUCACUCAAUCUAAAUAUUAACAUCUACAAUUGUUUUGUCUUUAUCCAUCCUGUAACUGCUGGCAGGGAGUCUGUCAUUUUGUCUUGAAUGCAUUGGGAGAUGGGUGACAUGUCAUAUCUCUGCUCAGUACUGUCUCCACAUCUGUAUAUCUUUGUGUGUGGCAUUUUUUCUUUACUUUUUUUAAUUAAAGCAGUCAAAAUGUGCAACACGUUUUGAGAUAAAUAAAAAGAUGUAAAUACAAGA